AUGGUUUCUCACUUCAGACAGUCAGCUCAACAGAGAGCCAGCAGCUCAGAGCAACAAGCUGCUGAACCAGGAGACGUUCCCUGUGACGUCUGCACUGGACCCAAAGUGAAGGCCCUGAAGUCCUGCCUGGUGUGUCUGGUCUCCUACUGUGAGACUCACCUGGAGCCUCAUCUGACAGCGUCAGGCCUGAAAAGACAUCAGCUGAUCGACCCUGUGGAGAACCUGGAAGGCAGGAUGUGUACGAAGCACGAUAAACUGCUGGAGCUGUUCUGUAAGACCGACCAGAUGUGUCUGUGCAUGCUCUGCACAGUUUUGGAUCACAAGUCACAUGAUGUUGUUCCUCUAAAAGAAGAAUAUGAAAGAAAAAAGUCCAAGCUUGGGAAGACAGGGGCUGAAAUUCAGCAGAUGAUCAAGGAGAGACGACUCAAGAUCCAAGAGUUCAAAGAUUCAGUCAGCAUCAGCAGGGCAAUUGCAGACAGAGAGAUAGCAAACAGAAAUCAUGUCUUCACCAAGUUGAAGGAGGCUAUUGAGAGAAACCAGGCCAAACUUAUUGAGUCGACUGAAGAAAAGCACAGAAUGACAGAGAAACAGGCUGAAGGCUUCAUCAAAGAGCUGGAACAGGAAAUCUCUGAGCUGGAGAAGAGAAGCGAUGAGCUGGAGCAGCUCUUAUUCUCAGAAGACCAUCUUAACCUCGUCCAGAAGUUUCCAUCCCUGGAUGCUGCGUCACCCACCAAGAACUGGACACAGGUCAAAGUCUGUCUUCCUUCAUAUGAGGGGACUGUGAGGACAACUGUUGAUCAGUUGGUGGAGAUGUUCAAAAAUGAGAUGAAGAAGCUUCUCACAGAGUUUGAGUUAAAGACAGUCCAGCAGUCUGCAGUGGACGUCACACUUGAUCCUGAUACAGCACAUCCCCGACUCAUCCUGUCUGAAGAUGGGAAACAAGUACAUUGUGCUCAUGUGAGGAAGAAUCUCCCAGAAAACCCAAAGAGAUUUUCUCGUGGUCUCUGUGUCUUGGGGAAGCAGUUUGUUUCUUCAGGAAAAUUUUACUUUGAGGUUCAGGUGAAAGGGAAAACUAAUUUGGCUUUAGGAGUUGUCAGAGAGUCAGUCAACAGAAAGGGGCCAAUCACUGUAAACACAAACAAUGGUUACUGGACAAUAUGGUCGAUCAAUGAAAAUAUCUGCCAUUCCGUUACCGAGUCCUUGGUCCGUCUCUCUCAGAAGUCGAAGCCUGAGAAGGUGGGGGUGUUUGUAGAUUAUGACGAGGGUCUAGUCUCCUUUUAUGAUGUUGAUGCUGCAGCUCUCAUCUACAUCUAUACUGGCUGCUCCUUCACUGGAAAACUCCACCCAUUCUUCUCUCCCUGUGCAAAUCAGGAUGGUGAAAACUCUGCCCCUCUGAUCAUCUGUCCUGUCAACUAUACUUAG